AUGUCUAAAGAACAAAAUAAUUCUGAAUGUGGUAACAACUCUGAGGAAAGAGAAAACGUUAAAGAAAAAUCUAACAGUGAAGCAGACAAUACAAUGAGUCGCGAUGAUCUGUUGAAGACCGAGUUGGGAGAGUUCGGUUGGUUCCAGCUUCGUACUGUGCUCUUGUUGACUAUACCUAUCAUGUUCUCGGCCAUCAGGAACGAUUACAUUCUAUCCGCAGCUUCUAUAUCUCACAGGUGUCGGAUUCCAGAAUGUGGAGAAAAUAGCAAAUUGGAUAUUUACAAACCUGAUUGGAUCUUGAAUGCUAUUCCCACGACGAAGGCUGGCCUAUCAAGUUGCGACAGAUUUGCUCCCAGCAAUUUGAAUGAUAUGAACGGUUCCUUAGCCUACUGCCCCGCUAGUCUAUUCGACCAGACAGAAAAGGUUGGCUCUACGGAGCUUGUCGGCCCAAAGUACCGUUUCAUCGGUGUAUGUUUAAUGUCGAUGUACUCUUUGGGGCAAGUGAUGCUCGGCGGAGUGUAUUGGCUCAUUGGUUACUGGCGGUACGCCACUUUGGUUCUGUGUAUCCCUUGCCUCUUCAUGAUUGUUUAUUAUUGGUUGAUACCUGAAAGUGUUCGCUGGCUACUUGUUAAAAAGAAGUACGCAGAAGCAAGGAAAAUAAUAGAAAAUACUGCGAGAGUAAAUAAGAAAAUCAUCAGCGAUAAAUCUAUGCAGAAGUUGUUGACUCCUCUGGAAACACCCGUCCCAGAGUUAAGGGAAAGAAAAUCUGGUGUGUUGCGGACAGUGCUGCACUCCCCAGUGUUGCUGAGGCGCGUGUGCACUACUCCCAUCUGGUGGGUCUCCGGGACCUUCGUGUACUACGGCCUCUCCAUCAACUCCACCGGACUCUCCGACUCCAUGUACUUCAACUACAUGUUGACUUGCGCAGUGGAGAUCCCUGGCAGCUACGCUGGAUCUUACCUGCUGCAUAAAGUUGGCAGAAAACCAACACUUUCAUCUGCAUUCCUCUUCAGCGCUUUAUGUAAUAUACUAUUCGUCUUUAUGCCCAAAGGCAGCGUGCCCGCGCUCCGGCUGUCGGUGUACCUGCUGGGCAAGGUGGCGGUGACGGUGGCCAUGACCUCGGUGUACCUGUACACGGCCGAGCUGUACCCCACGCAGUACCGCCACUCGCUGCUGGCCUUCUCCUCCAUGGUGGGGCGGCUGGGCGCCAUCGUCGCGCCGCUCACGCCGGUCUUUAAUCAAUAUUGGCACGGAACGUCGUCGGUGAUGUUCGGAGCGAUGGGGCUCCUCGCCGGCGCGCUGGCGCUCACGCAGCCCGAGACCCUGGGCACCAAGCUGCCCGACACGCUGGCCGAAGCCGAGCAGCUCGGGAGAACGGAAGCCACGCUUAAAGAUGAACCACGUUGAACAGUUUCAAUAUAAUAUCUUGAAAGGACAAUGCAUGCGAAUAUUAAAUUCUUAUCAUGAACUUGGCCUAUGAAGUGAACAAUUAUAAUACGUGGAUUGAUGUAAUUUAAAUAUGACCUAAUCAAAUGCCGUACUAUUUAGCAUUUUUUUUAAUUUUAAUAUUCUGUAGUGUCCAUGGAAGUACCGUGCUAGUUGCUAUUGGAAUAAAGGUUAAACAUUAAGUAUAUUAUAAAUCGUGAAAUUGUC